AUGACUUCAAAGGUUAUGUCUUCAAGUGGUGAGAUUCCAUUUCCACUUGGUAAAUCAAUACCUUUAGUCUCCUCAUCAUCAGAGAUAACUCAUCCUGGAAAUGGUAAACAAUUGCAGGCUAAAGUAUUUGCACAGAAUCAAAGACAUCCAUCUGGUGGUUGGAAAUUCGUUGAUGAGGUUGAAUUAAAAAAGCAAAGAGGAGUUUGUUGGGAAUUGGUUAAAAGUGCAGGUAACAGUUUGAUCGAAGGUAAAGAGUUGGUUAAUACUUCACUACCAAUUGCAUUGUUUGAACCGAGAUCGUUUUUGGAGAAGUUGACUGAUACUUGGUGUUACGCUCCUGUAUAUCUAUCAAAGGCUGCGGCUGCUGUCGAUCCAGUUGAGAGACUCAAGUAUGUAGUUGCUUUCACUAUGAGUGGUUUGCAUCUCACCAGUACUCUAACGAAACCAUUCAACCCACUGUUGGGUGAGACAUUCGAGGGACAUUUCUACGACGGUACCAAGGUGUUUUGUGAACAGACUUCACAUCAUCCACCCAUCAGUAACUGGCAGGUGCAAGACAAAGACAACAGAUAUCACUACUACGGCUACGGAGUGUGGUCUGCCAGCUGCAGAGGAAACAUCGUCAAAGGAUACCAAAAGGGUACACAUACAAUUGAGUUCCACGAUGGAGGAACCAUCACUUGGACACUCCCAGAGAUCUUGGUCAAAGGUAUCUUCUGGGGUGACAGACUAACUGAUUUCAAUGGAAAGAUAUUGUUUACCGAUGAAAAGAAUAAGAUAUGUUGUGAAAUUACAUUUAAUCCACAUGCGCUAGGAUUUGUAAGAUCAAUUUUCUCGAAACAAAAAGAACCUUCCGAUUAUUUUGUAGGACAGAUCUUCAAGACUGGAACAACCGAGUCGAAAUCUGGAAAAGAAAAGAAACAAGACGCCGAUGUAAUCUGUAGCUUUGAGGGAUCAUGGUUGACUCAUCUGUCGUUUGAUAACACUGUAUAUUGGGAUAUCAAGAUGGUGCCGCCAGGUAUCGUCUACGAAGAGAAUCCACUUCCAACCGAUUGUCGUUUCCGUGAAGAUUUAAGGUAUCUCAAGGAAGGCAACACCGAUAAAGCUAAAGAAUAUAAAUCAAUCGUUGAAGAAAGACAAAGAGCUGAAGCAAAACUUAGAAAAGAAGGAAAGAAGGAAAAGAGUAAAAAGAAAUAA